CUCCCCAUCGAGGCAUCCUUUGCCCAACCAAUUUAUCAACCAUGCCUCAUAGAAUCCCCUCUUCACCUCCUCCCCUCCUGAUCAUCACCGUCGUCUUCCUCCUAUCCCUCCUCAUCUCCACCAACGCUUACCCUGUGGACAGCCCCUCUCCCCGAUUCUGUCCCAACUCCACCUGCGGCACCCACGUUAUCGCUUACCCAUUCUGGAAGACUCCGAAUGAAUUCACCCACCCCUUCACCUACUGUGGCUACCCACAACUUAUGCUGAUUUGCCAAGGUGACACCCCAAUCCUUUCUCUCGGCUCCAACAACUAUACCGUGACCGACAUCCAUUACCACAACCAAACCAUCUCCCUUGCAGACCCGGACCUCCUCGCCGCCGGAAGCUGCCCCAUGCCCCGCCACAAUCUCACCCUCAUGGACACCCAAGUGGAGAACAACACCCCCUACGAAACCUACCUAAAAGGCACCCCCUACCAAAACUACCUAAACUACACCUCCUCAGACACCAACCUCACCUUCUUUCUCAAUUGCUCGGACGGUCCAUCGGACCACCGAAUAACCUGCUUUUCCGAAAGCGGGGAUAAGAAGUCUUACGUCUUCACCGAACGUGAUUUUUCGGACAUCAAAGAAUACGAAGGGGUGCGGGAGUGCCAAGAUAUUGUGGUGGUGCCGGUCCUCGAUCAGGAGGUGAAUUGGGGAAACUCGAGCACUUUGUCUCAUGACUUUGGAAUGGUGUUGAAUGGUGGCUUCCAGUUGGGCUGGUCUAACGAGACCUGGGAAGCGUGCGAUCGCUGCGAGCUCUCCGGCGGGCGCUGCGGGUACGAGAUAACCAAGACCAGUUUGACCUUCACCUGCUUUUGCUCCAACCGAAUAAGUGACCGACAUUGUGGAACUGACAAUUUGACGAAGAAGAAAAUCAUAAUAGGAGUCCUAACUGCAGGUUUAUCUUUGGGGUGCUUAUUCCUUUCAGUCUAUCUUCUUCAUUACAAAAAGGCUCACUCAAAGAACGAGCACAGUGUUGAAGACCUACUAUGUAAAUAUGGAUCCUCGGUGCCAAAAAGGUAUAAGUAUUCAGAAAUUAAGAGGAUGACCAAAUCCUUUAGUCACAAGUUGGGGCAAGGUGGUUACGGUAAUGUGUUCAAGGGUAAUCUCUAUGAUGGUCGUCCAAUAGCUGUAAAAGUCUUGGGUGAGUCAAAAGGAAAUGGCGAGGAAUUUGUCAACGAGGUAGCUAGCAUCGGCAGAACUUCCCAUGUAAACAUUGUUUGUCUAUUAGGCUUCUGUAUAGAGGGGUCCAAGCGAGCUCUUGUCUACGAAUUCAUGCCAAAUGGAUCACUAGAGAAAUUUAUAUACAGAGAGAUACCAGAUGCAAACAUAAAACUUGGUUGGGAAAAAUUAUUUGAGAUCGCAGUUGGUAUUGCCCGAGGACUAGAGUACUUGCAUCGUGGGUGUAACACUCGGAUAGUGCAUUUUGAUAUCAAGCCUCAUAACAUCCUACUAGACCAAGAUUUUUGUCCCAAGAUUUCUGAUUUUGGGUUGGCAAAAUUAUGCCCUCCAAAAGAAAGCAUCAUUUCAGUAGCGGGUGCUAGAGGAACAGUUGGGUACAUUGCCCCUGAAAUUUUCUCUAGAAAUUUUGGAGUUAUCUCUAGCAAGUCUGACGUUUACAGUUAUGGAAUGAUGGUGCUAGAAAUGGUUGGUGGACGGAAAAAUAUAGAUACAAGAGCAAAGAAUACUAGUGAAAUUUAUUUUCCACACUGGAUUUUUGACCAUCUCGAUCAAUAUGAUACCCUAGAAGCUUGUGGAGUGACUAGUGAGACUGAAGAGAUUGCCAAAAAGAUGACAAUAGUUGGAUUGUGGUGCAUACAAAUGCUGCCUGCAGAUCGACCUUCAAUGAGUAGAGUGGUGGAUAUGUUGGAAGGAAGCAUUAGCGACUUGCAAAUGCCACCAAGACCAUAGUUAAUUUCCACUUCAAAAUCAUCAAUGAUUCUAAUGUAUCAACAGCCUAUAUUGUCUUGCAGGGUAAAAUUCAUUGUACUUUUAGGCUCUAUAAUCUAAGCUCAUAUUUAAGCUGUCAUGAAAUAACAUGGUUAAUCAAAUUUA